AUGAGUGAAUCAUUUGAUGCUCCACUUAUUAUUCCAGUUGAUAUUCCAAAUGUUACCAUUCAUCUGAACUUGAAUCAAAGAAUUGAACAACAUAGAAAUUUAACAAAAGAGCAAAUUUUAGUUCAAGUUUUAUGUUUAUUGCUGAUAGUGGUUCUAUUCAUUUUUGUAACCAUUAUUAUUUUAUUAAAUAUGGAAAACAAAAUAUCACCGAAUAAAUAUCGAAAACACGAAGAAAUAACAAUGCAACCAAUGUUUACAAGAAAAGUGUCAACAGAUGAAACUUCGGUUCAUUCUUUGUGUCAUAUUUCAAAUAUAAAUGCCGACUGGAGUCAAGAAAGUCAUAUUUUUAUAAAUGUUAAUGCUCGAUGUCUUGCACCAAAUGAACAUGCACUUUGUGGAGUAGAAGAUUUAUUUAUUGAUAACGUUCAUGAUAAUCUUUAUUUGGUUGAUGUGUACAAUAAUCGUAUACAAAAAUAUUCAUUAACUGAACCAUAUGAUCCUUAUCUAGGUGCAAUUGGUAUAAUUGUUGCUUCGAAAGAUCUUAACAAACCUCAAAGUAUAUUUGUUGAUAGUGAAACAGAAGAUAUGUAUAUAUUAGAUCAUAUGACUGAAAUAACACAACCAUCAUAUGAUUCAGGUUAUCGUGUUCAUUUAUGGAAAAAAAAUGAUCAAACUGGAAGAAUAUUAUUCUACGAAAUAGGUGAAGAUGCAACGAAUUAUUAUUCAUAUUUAACAUUCGAUAAAGAAAUGAAUAUUUAUGUUGGAACAAGAUUUCAUAUAAAAAAAUGGUUAUUUUCAAGUAAUUAUACUCAACAAGUGCUUGUAGCAGGAAAGACUGACGAAUAUAUACAUGGACGAAGUAGUUUGUAUCUUCCACGUAAUUUUUAUGUUGAUGACGAUUUAACAUUAUACAUUGCUGAUUGGCAAAAUAAAAGAAUUCAAAAAUGGUUAUUUAAUGCAACUGAAGGUAUUACUUUAGUAAAGAAUUUAACAAAUGUUCAUGGAUUAACAAUGGGUUGUAAUGGACAUAUUUAUUACACCGAUAUAAGUGAUCAAUCGGUUUUUGAAUUAAAUUUAAAGAAUAAUGAGAAAAGAACGAUUAUUGGUGAUGAAAGUAUCAAUCGUGAGAAGUCGGAAUUUUAUCCAAUGUUGAUGAAAUUUGAUAAAUUUGGAAAUAUUUUUGUUUUUAAUUUGCGCACUUCAAUGGUUAUGAAGUUUUCCCUUUUAUAA